UCCCGUGGCAUCGCUCGCUUUACUUGGAAGAAUUGGAGCAAAUUAUUUCGCCGCUCUCUGCUGUUCCUUUCGUCUCUCUCACUCUAAAAUACUUUGGCGCUUAAAAUAAUUGAUAUAGUAAUAGUAGUAGGAGUAGACAUCAGCGGAGGAAAAUCCAGGGCUUUUUGUUCAUUUUUGCAGCUAAAUAUGUAGGCUCUUCUGUGUCAUUUUGUUAUAUCCUCUCAUAGCAUUAUUAUUUUUCUCCACGAACAUAUACAUACGGCAUGCUAUCAGCUUGAGCUACAACCUUGUAUUUCCAAAAUUCAGUGCAGGUAACUGAAAUGUGAUUCUUGCAACUGUAACUGGAGUCAUCUUUAGUGGUGGAAGUUAGGUGUUGUUGCAUUGGAAGCGCAGAAAAUGGAAAAUUACGAGAUACUGGAGCAGAUUGGUAAAGGUUCCUUUGGUUCGGCUUUACUCGUGAGGCAUAAACUUGAAAAAAAAAGGUAUGUCUUAAAAAAGAUACGUCUUGCUCGCCAAACCGACAGAACGCGCAGGUCUGCCCACCAGGAGGUCAGUCAACGAAUACAAAAAGCUCCAACUCUACUUAUGGCACCUCAGAUGGAGCUUCUUUCUAGAGCACGAAACCCAUUUAUCGUCGAGUACAAAGAUUCCUGGGUAGAAAAGGGUUGUUACGUGUGCAUUGUUAUAGGAUAUUGUGAAGGAGGAGACAUGGCGGAGGCUAUUAAGAAGGCAAAUGGUGUUCAUUUUCCCAAGGAGAAGCUUUGCAGAUGGCUCGUUCAAUUGCUGAUGGCACUUGAUUACUUGCAUAGUAAUUAUAUUCUUCACCGCGAUGUCAAGUGCUCAAAUAUUUUUUUGACCAAAGAUCAAGACAUUCGUCUAGGUGAUUUUGGUCUUGCUAAAGUAUUGACUUCUGAUGAUCUUGCUUCCUCAGUCGUUGGCACUCCGAGCUACAUGUGCCCAGAGCUUCUUGCAGAUAUACCUUAUGGAUCCAAGUCUGAUAUCUGGUCUUUGGGAUGCUGCAUGUAUGAAAUGACUGCGUACAAGCCUGCAUUUAAAGCUUUUGACAUGCAAGGCUUGAUUAAUAAAAUAAACAAAUCUAUUGUCGCACCGCUUCCUACUAUGUAUUCUGGUGCAUUUCGCGGCGUAAUUAAGAGCAUGCUGAGAAAAAACCCAGAACUCAGACCUAGUGCUGCAGAUUUGCUCAGACACCCACAUCUUCAGCCAUAUGUCCUAAAGAUCCAUCUGAAAUCUAAUUGUCCUAGACGACACACCAUUCCAGUUGAAUGGCCCAGUUCCAACCUUUUGACAAAGACCAGAUUUUUGGAGCCUGAACCUGUUCCUCCAUUUUCUGAUAAGGAAAGAAGGCAAUCUUUUGGCAAUAACAGAGCCCUGAAUCCUAGUAUUUCUGGAACUGAGAUGGACUCUCCUCGUUCCUCUGAAAAAGUCAAAUAUUUUACGAGCCAUAUGGAGAAGAAAUUCUCAUGCUUGUCUAUUGGUAGUACCAGUGAUGAUUUCGGGGUUAAGAAGGCCUUGCCUAUGCCCUCAAAGGUUUCAACUGCUGUCAAAACACCCAAAUUGACUUCAGCAAAAGUCUCUUCCACUCCUAGGAUACAUACAGUUCCAUCCAAGAUACCCAAUCCUGGUUCAACUCGUGAGUUGCUUCCUGUAUCACAUGCCCCAACAAAUAAACCAUCUAGAUCAGCACGUAGAGUGUCUCUUCCAAUUUCAUCGAGAGCUGUAAAGUUGGAGGCACCUUAUAUACCCAACACUCGCCUCCAAAACAGUCUGGACUCACUGGAUGUUUCAGUUAAUGCUCCACGUAUUGACAGAAUGGUAGAAUUUCCCUUGAUUUCCUCUGAGGAUAAUCUAUUCCCCAUCCGCAGAUGUUCAUCUACAUCUGCUCAGUGUUCUCCUGCCUCACCAUAUAGUCGCGACCUUUCAAUCACCAAAGACAAAUGCACAAUCCAAAUACUUGGCCCAACACUUUCAGCGGCACCACGAAUUGCCGAGCCUACUCUUGGAGUUCAACAAUAUGGAAGUGAAUGUUCGGAGCAUAAUGAAGCAACUGUUGCUUCAAGCCGAUCGUCUUCAGAUUCUCGGCAGCGUAGGUUUGACACAUCAUCAUUCCAGCAAAGAGCUGAAGCAUUGGAAGGAUUGCUCGAGUUUAGUGCACAAUUAAUGCAGCAAGAACGCUUCGAAGAACUUGCAGUGUUACUGAAGCCAUUUGGACCAGAGAAGGUUUCUCCUAGAGAAACUGCUAUUUGGUUGACAAAGAGCUUCAAGGGGAACGUUGCCUGAUAGCAGGCAACUCUAGUCUCUGGCUGAUGGGAUAUUAGAGUUUAGAUGCACGUUUCCUCAAUCCUCAAUGAACAGCCAGCUUGUUCGUGACAAGUAGUUGGAGAAAUUUUACUCUUAUGCUGUUUUCUGCAACUCUCCUCCUUGAUUGACUUGUUACAUGUAACAUUCUGAUGGUAAAGUCGUCUUGAUUGUCAGAAUGGUGCUAGUUUGGCGGUCUAGGUUUCCACCCGUUCUUCUUGAAGAAUGCAAGGGGGAAUCUAGACUUUACUCGUCAAUGGGGAGCGAUUUUCGGAAACUUGUACACACACAUGUUUCGAUCGCAUUCUCGGUUACUGAUGCAAGUGUAAGCCCGUUUUGUGUGUUUAUUAUAAAGCCAAUAUCGAGUCUCUCUAUAUUCACAGCUCUAUCGUUAUUGGGUCUC